GCUUAAGUCGAGACGACACGUUUUCCCAACCGUGCGAUCGUAGUUAGCCCUUCAAUGCUGCGCCGGCAACAAUGGAGAGACUUCACCCAUCGCUGAUGGAAACCGCCAUUGCGGCUGCCGCUUUUAAGCUUUUACUUCUCCCCGCCUACAAGUCCACCGAUUUUGAGGUUCACCGAAACUGGCUCGCCAUCACGCACUCGCUCCCCGUAAAGCAAUGGUACUACGAAAAGACGUCGGAAUGGACGCUCGACUACCCUCCGUUCUUUGCCGGCUUCGAGUGGCUUCUCAGUCAGGUCGCGAAGCACUUCGAUCCUGAGAUGCUCAAGGUUGAGAACCUGGGCUACGCGAGCGAGCAAACCGUGUUGUUCCAGCGACUCUCCGUGAUCAUUACCGAGCUCAUGCUUGUAUUUGCUCUGCAUAAACUUGUGGCUUAUGCUCCUGAGGGCUCGAAACGUGCCGCCCAUGCUGUCGCGCUGUCGCUGUUACUCUCUCCUGGUUUGCUGUUGAUCGACCACAUACACUUCCAAUACAACGGAUUCAUGUAUGGGGUCCUUCUACUGUCCAUCCUCCUCGCACGGUCUCCGUCAACUCGACUGGCCUCUGGCCUUCUGUUCGCAACGUUGUUGUGCUUCAAGCACAUCUACCUCUAUCUCGCACCCGCAUACUUCGUCUACCUUCUCCGCGCAUAUUGUCUCGGGUCCAACUUCGAUCUACGAAGACUAAACCCCGACAUCCGUUUUGCGAACUGCAUCAAGCUUGGUGUCGGCAUCGUAGCGAUCUUUGGUGCAGCCCUGGGGCCAUUCGCGUAUUGGGGACAACUGGCCCAGUUGGCUUCACGGCUGUUUCCAUUCUCGCGCGGGCUAUGCCAUGCGUACUGGGCGCCAAAUGUAUGGGCCAUGUAUUCGUUCGUCGAUCGGGUUCUGAUCUAUGUUGCGCCGAGACUGGGGCUCAGCGUUGAUACCAGCGCGUUGAACAGUGUCACCCGCGGACUUGUGGGCGAUACGGCGUUUGCGGUACUGCCGGAGAUCACACCGCGGAUGACGUUCAUCCUCACGUUGUUCUUCCAGAUAUUGCCGUUGGUGAAGCUAUUUGCCGUCCCGACGUUCGAUAACUUUGUGGGUGCGGUGACACUCUGUGGGUAUGCUUCUUUCCUGUUUGGAUGGCAUGUUCAUGAGAAGGCGAUUUUGCUCGUUAUUUUCCCGUUCAGUCUCCUCGCCCUCAAAGACCGCCGUUACUUCGGCGCCUUCCGGCCCCUCGCCGUCGCCGGUCACGUCUCGCUCUUCCCCCUCCUCUUCACCGCUCCUGAGUUUCCAAUCAAGACUGUCUACACCAUCGCGUGGCUGGUGGUCUUCCUCACCACCUUCGACAGGCUGGUACCCAUGUCACCAUCCGGUCGCCAAUGGCUACUCGAUAGACCGUCGACGUUGUUCAUCAUCGUCUCGAUACCGCUCAUUGCAUACACAAGUCUGAUACACGGCGUGGUGUUUGGUGAUCGUUACGAGUUCUUGCCACUCAUGUUCACGAGCAGUUAUUCAGCGGUUGGAGUUGUCGCUAGCUGGGUCGGCUUUAGUUGGCUGUAUUUUACCUCUUAGGGCGGAGAGGCUGUGCGUUGUAGAAGUAGAGCCAGUUUUUGAUUUCCAGAUCUUCACGAGUGAUACAUUGUGAAUUGAUAUCAAAUGCAC